AAAAUAUGUAUAGCUAUUUGUAGAUACGCCCUCUUCUUCUUCUUCUUCCUCCUCUUCUUCUUCUUCAUUUAUCUUGGUUUUUAUGGAAGCAUCAUCAUCAUGUUCCACACCCCUCUCAGUUCACACACUCCCUCAGCCCCGUCACCGCCGUAUCUCCGCCCAAAAAUUCCACUCUGUACAGCCAAACAACCCUUUUCCUCUCACUACCACCACCACCGCAAGACGUUGCAGCAUUAAUUCUUCAUCUUACUUAGCCACCUCAAUAUCACCCAACACUCCCUUUCCUACCCUUUCUCUCUCCUCCUCUAGAAAGCGAUCUCGCCAGACUAUUUCCGCAGCGUUCGAGCGGUUCACCGAGAGGGCAAUUAAGGUGGUAACGUUGUCCCAAAGAGAGGCCAAAGCUUUGGGGAAUGAUACGGUGUCAACGCAGCACCUUUUGCUCGGUUUGAUCGCCGAAAGCCGUGAUGAUGAUGGGUUUCUUGGGACUGGGAUUACCGUCGACGUAGCUCGUGAGGCCGUUACUGGUAUUUGGCACAGCGAUGGAACUGGUGAUCGGAAUUCGGCUACUUCUGCUGCUACUGAUGUGGCGUUUGAUGCCAGCACGAAGCGGGUUUUUGAAGCCGCCGUGGAGUAUUCCCGUGGCAUGGGCCAUAGUUUCAUUGCUCCCGAGCACGUUGCCGUUGGACUCUUCACCGUUGACGAUGGCGGUGCUGGCCGCGUCCUCGAGAGAUUGGGGGCAGACCCAGAUCACCUAGCAGCCGUAGCAGUCUUGAGACUUCAAGGAGAGCUUGCCAAAGAUGGUAGAGAACCAAUGGCUGCACCUAAAAAGUCGCAUGACAAAUUGCUUUCUGCAAAAGCCAAUAGUAAAAAAUCCUCACAGAGUAUAAAUGAUAAAAGCGCAUUGGCCAAAUUCUGUGUGGAUCUUACUGCUCGUGCUGGUGAUGGACUCAUUGAUCCUGUAAUUGGUCGGGACACAGAAGUCCGGAGAAUCAUUCAGAUACUCUGCCGAAGGACCAAAAAUAAUCCAAUUCUUCUUGGGGAUACUGGAGUUGGGAAAACAGCCAUUGCUGAGGGGUUGGCGAUUAGUAUUGCUCAUGGAGAAGUUCCUAUUCUAUUGUUGACAAAGCGCAUCGUGUCCUUAGAUAUUGGUCUAUUAAUCGCAGGCGCGAAGGAGAGGGGAGAGUUAGAGGGACGUGUUACUGAAUUAAUUAAGGAUGUGAAGAAGUCAGGCAAUGUCAUUCUUUUUAUCGAUGAAGUACACACCGUAGUCGGUUCAGGCACUGUUGGACGAGGAAACAAGGGGUCAGGUCUUGACAUUGCAAAUCUACUGAAGCCACCUCUUGGGAGGGGUGAAGUGCAGUGUAUUGCAUCAACAACUAUGGAUGAGUACAGGACCCAUUUUGAAAAGGAUAAAGCAUUAGCACGAAGAUUCCAACCUGUUUUGAUUAAUGAACCAAGUCAGGAGGAUGCAUUUAGGAUACUGUUGGGUUUGCGUGAAAAGUACGAGUCCCACCACAAAUGCAAGUACACAUUAGAGGCUUUGAAAGCUGCUGUGCAUCUGUCAGCAAUGUAUAUUCCUGAUAGGCAUCUUCCUGACAAGGCUAUUGAUCUCCUCGACGAAGCGGGAAGCAAAGCUCGUAUGGAAUCUUUUAGAAAGAAGAGGGAAGGGCAAACUUCCAUACUUUCAAACUCACCUGAUGUAUACUGGCAAGAGAUUAGAGCUGUUCAGGUCAUGCAUGAAGUGGUUAUCAAAAGUAAAAAUAAUAAAGACAAUGAUGCUUCUACCAUUGAAGGGGAUGAAAGAGAACUUCCGGAUACGUCUUUUCCUGACACAUUUGAUGAUGAUGAGCCUAUGGUGGUGGUUGGACCUGGCGAAAUAGCAGUAGUUGCUUCAAUUUGGUCAGGAAUUCCAGUUCAAAAGCUCACUGCUGAUGAAAGAAUGUUUCUGGUGGGUCUUGAUGAGCAGCUUAAGAAACGUGUUCUUGGUCAAGAUGAAGCGGUUGCAGCAAUUUGUCGGGCCGUUAAGAGAUCUCGGGUGGGGCUAAAGAACCCCAAGAGGCCAAUUGCUACAAUGCUGUUUUGCGGCCCUACUGGGGUCGGUAAAACAGAAUUGACGAAAGCUUUGGCAGCUUGCUAUUUUGGUUCAGAGGCUGCCAUGGUGAGGCUGGACAUGAGUGAAUAUAUGGAGCAGCAUACUGUGAGCAAGUUAAUAGGCCCGGCCCCUGGUUAUUUAGGCUACGGCGAAGGAGGCACUCUUACAGAAGCUAUAAGAAAGCGGCCUUUCACAGUGGUUUUGCUUGACGAAAUAGAAAAGGCCCAUCCCGACAUAUUUAAUAUUCUCCUUCAGAUAUUUGAAGAUGGUCACCUCACUGAUUCCCAGGGUCGAAGAGUGUCAUUCAAGAAUGCAUUGGUUGUGAUGACUUCUAACGUGGGUUCCACACUAAUCGCAGAGGGUAGGCGCAAGUCCAUUGGUUUCUCGGUUACAGAUGAGGAAUCCACUUCAACUUCAUAUGCUGGAUUGAAAGCACUUGUGAUGGAAGAACUUAAGGCGUACUUUCGACCAGAGUUGCUGAACAGGAUAGAUGAAGUGGUUGUCUUCCGUGCCUUGGAGAAGACUCAGAUGCUGGAAAUAUUAAACCUGAUGCUGGUAGAGGUGAGAGGAAGGCUUGUAACUCAGGGAAUCGGUCUGGAGGUGUCCGAAGCAGUGAUGGACUUCAUUUGCAAACAAGGUUUCGACAGAAGUUACGGGGCUCGGCCUCUUAGGAGAGCAGUUACCCUCCUGAUUGAAGAUCAUCUGAGUGAAGCAAUUCUUUCUGGCGAUUUGAGGCCUGGUGACACCGCCGUCAUUGAUUUAGAUGAUUCAGGAAACCCAGUUGUCAGUAAUCGGUCAACUCAGAAAAUUUACUUGGCUGAUACAACAUCCUUGUUAUAGGUAAUCAAUAUUAUAAUUCUUGACAGUAAUUUCAUCCUGUAUACGAAAGUUUCUUUAUAGUGUAGGGAUUACACACAUUCAUUAUAAAAACGAGGAUGGAAAUAACACAGUUCAGAAAUAAUUUUGGUUCAAUAAAAAGCGAAAAGGGUAUUCGUUUUCA